GUCAUCCUCGUACUUUCACUGAGUUUUCCAGUUCCGUCAUCUAAAUAAAACCUUCUUCAAUUUCCUUUCUCCAAAAAGUAAAACCCUAGAAGCUCGCAAAACCAAACCAUGGGUCUUUUCUCUUGGUUCACUGGCAGCUCCAAACCUCAAACCCUAACCGUACCCAAGCCCAACGACACCCCAAAACCCGUUCCAGGAAUGAACGGAGCCGUUGAAGUGCCCCGACCGGAGAGUGUUACGGUGUUUGAAUUCGGGUCCGUAGCUGCUACUGCAGAUAAGGUUACUUUAGCCGGAUACUGCCCUGUGUCUGACGACCUCGAGCCAUGCCGCUGGGAAAUUCUGCCUGCCAAUGGAUCCGAUGCUCCUCAGUUUCGCGUCGUCUUUUGACAACGAAAAAAAGUGGAUUGUAAGUGGGUAAAAACAAAAUUGGUUUCAAGGAAGUUGAGCGAGACUCUUUGCUGAGAUUAUUGUAAUUUUAGUUAAUGUGAAACGCGUUAUUCUUAUUAA